AUGGCAACAGCCAUAACCAGCCCGCCACGUGCGCCGAAUCCCUUCGAUCUCGGUGUCUAUUCUCCGCCAAAUUUAGCUCAAGGCGCCCGUGCAGCCCUGCUCCGAGACAGCUCCCCUGCAGAGACUACCGACAUUGGUGUGUCGCCCGCAUCCUACAGGACACCCCAAACGCACUCCUCGCCACUCAACCGCACAAGCAAUGCUGCUAUUACGGAAGGACAGCAGCUUCUCGACCUCCCUGCACUUCGAACAUCGGUCACACAUAAGCGGCAGCAACCAGUAGACAUCACUGAAGCAGCCACCCGGCUCGCCAACGAGCAAAUCGCCGUGCACGACGCCAAACUUCGAGUCUUCCGAACCUUCUGUGCACACUUCAACGAGGCAGCCAAAGGAUUCACAACCGGGCCGGAACGUGACUUUGCGAAGCACUUCUCGGACAGCUUUCUCGACUUCUGGAACAAAACACUCACGAGUCCCAAAUCGUCCUCCGUACCGACCUAUAGCAGCGUCGCCGCCAACGCCAACGGCCUUCGUUCUCAUGCACCCACCACCCACAAUACGAACACUGUUUACCAGCAACAACCACCUGCUCCUGCACAUCGCCAGGGGCAACCACCAGCCCCCGACCCGCCCCGAGAGGACCUCCGUGUCUUCAUCCGCCUCGACGCCGAUGCCCCGGCUCGAAACCACAUCGGCUACGCCAUCCGUGCUCACGUUGCCAGCAAGAUUGGCAUUGACCUCAGCCGAAUCCCGCAGGUCCUCCAAGUGAAUACGGGAUGGGCCAUCCGUGCCAUUGACAGGCCUACACGCGACCUUCUUGUGGAGCGUCAGGCCGAAUGGGCCGAAGAUCUCGGCGCAACCGCCGUAGAGACCAGCCAGAAAUGGUACACCUAUGCCGUAGCAAACUGCCCUCGGAGGCUAACUGAUCUUUACGGAAACGAACUGGACUACGCCGCUACCGCUCGUGACGAAAUCAUCAACCAGACAGGCCUCACGCCUGUCAGCGUCCGAGCCCCCCGUCGUGAUAAUGAACUACUUCCCUACAAGACACUCAUCGUAUCCCUCCUCGAACCAACCAAGAGACCCUGGAGCCUUUUCGGCACUAGCCGACCGGCCAGGCUCAUUGAGAAGAAAAACCCCCCCAAGCAGUGUGAGAACUGCUGGGAUUACCACACGCGACACGCAUGCAACAGACAAACACGAUGCAAACGCUGUGGAAAGUCUGACCACACCAGCGAUGGCUGCACUGCCGCCGAACAGUGCGCCAACUGUCUUGGACCACACACCGCCGACCUUGUGACUUGCCCAGCGCGGCCAAAGCGAGUUCACGGCAUGCUCCAACGGCUCUCCAGGGAACAACGAGCACUGAUCCGACAGAUGGGCUCUCAACUCCAUCAGCAACGACAACAUACUGCACAGCAGAAUCAACAGACUCGAACAGCAACCAACUGCACCUCGGUCGCAGAGACCGUGACAGAUCAGCGUGCUCCUACUGCAGCUACGGAACCCUCCCAGGCGCGAGUCAUUGCUCAUGACUGGGCGAACUUCUUCGCCGUCAACAGGCCAGAACUACCAACGCGCACCGGAACGACGCUCAAGGUCUUCCAAGCGAACGUGGGCAAGAUCCCGCCAGCUCACGACUGCGCUCUGGCACUGGCCGACUCCGAAAAAUAUGACAUCGUCCUUCUCCAAGAACCAUGGACAGAGGCGAAGCACUCCAGAUGCCUGACCAAAACUCAUCCAGCCUAUGACACCUACUCACCCGUAGACAGCUGGAACAGCAACGACACGCGGCCGAGGGUCAUGACGUACAUCCGCAAAGACUCUCGCAUUCUCGCAGACCAGAAACGACCGUCACUCACCCGAGACAUCCUCUGGAUCACGGUCAAUGGAAUCACAAUAGUCAACUUCUACCGCCAACCGCACUGCGACGUCGCCCUAGACGUCCUGCUGCGGUGGUCAGCGCCGGAAAGGACUCUUGUGGCUGGUGAUUUCAAUGCUAAGCAUUACUCCUGGCAAACUGGGCGACUGGAGGACCGUGGAGAGGACGUUGCCUCCUGGGCAGCGGACAACGGCCUGAGCCUCUUAAACACGGCAGACGUGCCGACAAACCCGCAUGGCAACACAAUCGACCUGGCUUUCUCCAACAUUGCUCUGGCAUCCGCGGUUGUAGAAGACCAUCUCGCCACGAGCUCUGACCACUUCACUCUAAGCCUCAUGCUUCCAGACAUUGGCCUGAGCCUUCCUCAGGUGCCGGGCAAAGUCCGCGUGACUACCGAAGAAGAGCUAAAACGCUUCAGGGAACUCGUCGCUGCUGGAGCUUGUCGAAUACCAAUCGACACCGCAACAGCCUCGCAACUGGACACUCUGGCCACAGCAUUGGUUGACCUCCUCCAGGCAGCUGCCAGAGCCGCCGGUCGUCCGGUGCGGAAGGGAUCACGAAGUGCGCCAUGGUGGACCGAUGAAUGUGCUGAAGCCGCCGCGGAGUACCGCGCCAUACGAAGAAUCUUCCCUCUUGGAUUCAACCAGGAAGUCCAGCUGGCAAGGAAGGAGUUCCAGCGUGUGGUUCGCCAUGCCAAGCGGCAGUACUGGCGUAACCUCAUCGACGGUUUCUCGGAUAGCGCCUCUGUCUACAGGGCGGUCCGCUGGCUCAAAUCACCAGGAGCCUUCCAGCCUACACCGCUUCAAAUCGACGACGUUGUAUACGAAACCCAGAUCGACAAAGCGAAUGCGCUGAGACGCAGCACUCUUGAACGCCGCACGGCAGCGGAUGACAUUGCGGACCCAUGGAUCCCAGUCCACCCAGCCCGGAAGAUACCUUUCGUCCAGGAAAUCACGCUGGAAGAAGCAGAGGACGCUACGAUCAAGACGGGCAACACCUCACCCGGCGCCGAUAACAUCACGGUCAAGCUGUUACGAGCAGUGUGGGACGUCAUCGGGGGACACGUCCGUCACCUCUACGACGGUUGCCUCUCACUCGGCCAUCACCCCAAAGCAUUUCGGGAAGCAGAAGUGGUCAUGAUUCCCAAGCCGGGAAGGAGAAAUCUGUCAACACCGAGGGCAUGGCGCCCUAUCUCUCUGCUCUCCUGUCUUGGGAAGGGCCUUGAACGGCUGAUCGCUCGCCGCCUAGCGUGGGCAUCGAUACACUACGGAGUCCUCCACUCGCAGCAAGCCGGCGCGCUCCCGAAACGGUCGGCCGUUGACCUAGUCGCCGCGCUGAUUCAUGAUAUCGAAGAAGCAUUCGCACGCGGAGAGGUGGCCACACUGGUCACAGCAGACAUCCAAGGAGCCUUUGACACAGCCAUGUGCAACAGGCUUGUCCUGAGGCUCCGCUCGUUCAUGAGUGGCCGCUCCGCCAGAGUCAGAUACCAAGACAUCACAACACCAACGACGCCGUUGCAGUGCGGCCUCCCACAAGGACCGCCUGUCUCUCCGAUCUUGUUUCUGCUCUGCACCGAACCGAUCUAUCGGUUGGGCAACCCCGAGGGGCGGUUCGGAUACGCAGACGACACCGCCAUUCUCUGCACAGGACAGUCCCUGGAGGAAACAGCCAGGAAAGCAUCGGAGCAUAUCCAAGAACUCGUGAGCUGGGGCGCCGCCAACGGCGUCUCAUUCGACCCGGAGAAGACAGAGGUUAUGCACUUCUCACUGAAGACGCGGGGAACCACGCUGCCUAUUCGCCAUGGCGAUGUAGUGAAGCACCCAGAAGCAGCCAUGCGCUGGCUAGGUAUAUGGCUAGACGGAAAACUGACGUUCAAAACCCAUGUCGAGAAAUGGACGGCGAAGGCCCAAGCAGUCGCACGCCACCUCCGGGGUUUGGGAAACACGCGACGCGGCCCCUCGCCCAGCGCUAUGCAGAGGGCGGUCAGGGCUUGCGUUGAGCCGAUUCUGCUCUUCGGCGCGGAAGCUUGGUAUCCGGGUACAACCUCCCCACGUUUGAGACAGCCGAAGACAGUUGGGCCGUCCAAAAUCCAGCAGCUUGUGAAGAGGAUGAGCAAAGCCCUCAAGCAGGCGAUCAGAGCCAUUCUCCCCACCUGGAGAACCACGCCAAUCACGGCCCUGCACCGAGAAAGCGGCAUACCGCCGGUUCUCCAACUCCUUGAAACACGGCGACUUCGCUUUUCUGCGCGCAUCAAAUCGCUAGAUCUCGCACACCUUCUAGUCAAACGCACCGUCGAGGAGACGCCACGUCCCGUCAUCAAAGCUAUCAAGUUAAAGUUCCAGCUUCAGCCAAAGAACUUCCCAACUCGGUUGAGGAGGACGAACGAACUGCUCGCGAAUUCCCAGCGUCCCACGCUUAUCCCCCGCACAUACAGUGACGAACCAUUACAGCCUCUCCAAACUGCAUCCAAAGAGGAAUCAGCCGAAGACUUCGUCCAAUGGCUUCAAACCAUCCCGCCGUUUACUCUUAUCGUGUACUCAGACGGCUCACUGUCCCCCAACGGCGCUGCCGGAUACGGCUAUGCUGUUCACCAAAGCGGACGCUCUAUUUGCCAAGGCGCAGGACGCCUCGGCCCUGCGGAGGUGUUCGACGCUGAGGCCAAAGGAGCUCUGGAGGGCCUCAAAGCCGCCCUUAGGCUUCCUCAGUCCGUCACACAGAAGAUAUUUGUCUGCCUGGACAAUAUCGCAGCUGCCAGAUGCCUUCGAGGCAAGCCAUCAGAAUCGUCGCAGAGAGUCUUCCUGACCUUUCAGGCCUUGGCGAAAACGCACCGAAUGACCGAAGUCCGCUGGAUACCCGGACACACCAAGAUUCCAGGAAAUGAACAAGCCGACGUCCUAGCGAAGGCGGGAUGCGCCCAACCCGAGCCCGCAGACGCAGUCCCAACACUGGCCUUCUUGCGCAGGACCGCUAGACAGCGGGCCAAAAUCGCAGUCCAAGCCUGGUGGGAUGCUUCUGCACCCGAUAAGUAUCAGAGUCUGACCCUCAAAUUCCCUUCUAGCUGUCCUCCGGAGUUAGGUCUCCCACGAACAAUCCUUCACCACCUGUUAGCCGCGAGAACUCACCAUGGUGAUUUUGCUGACUACCACGAAAGAUUCCGUCAUGAUAAUGCGUGCAUUAUAUGCUCUUGCGGUCGGCGUAAGGCGCCGACACAUCUCUUCUAUUGCCGGAAGAUCCAGCCGCGCUGUCGGAUGAGACUAGCACCCUCACCGACCGUGGCGAUCAACCAGGCAUUAGGUAGAGAUUUCGACAAAUUCGUCAAGCUGGUGAAGGCACUCCUUCUUUGA